UAUCCUACGAUUUGUUCAGACGUUUUCAUCUUUCAUUAUUUCGUAAUGGUAAGUGAAAUUAUAAAUGAUUGGCUCGAAGAGGGGUUUUCAGAUGUCGAUGGAAUAUGUAAAAUUCACAUUCGAAGUGAAAGUACUUUAAUUCCUUGUGUAACUAAUGAUGUUGGUGAGAAUAUUACCCCAAGGCCACUGUUCCCAAUUUUUAUCGAAGAUGAAACUUUAGAUGCAGAUUUUUUACCUAAAUAUUUAAUGGUGAUAGAAAAUCAUUUCUGCCAUGAGGAAAAAAAAUCGAAGCAACGUUUAACAGAAAGUGAAAAUAAGGAAAUGCGCUUUGAUGAAAAUGCCAUCAAAAAUGAAUUAGUUAAACAGGGAAAAUUUACGUCACUAAUUGAAUAUGCAAGAAAAAAUAUUUUUUUGAGUAGAGUAAUUUCUCCACUAUUCGAAAUGCCAGACUCAAAAGUUUCUACCGGAUCGUCACAUUACCAAACAGUUCUUAAACGGAAUCAGAAAUACUUGGAGGCUGUUCAAAAUCGCCAGAAUUUUCCAAUUCGGUAUCAAGAUCAGAUAAUUCAAGCUGGAUUUGUGAAUUUAACUGAUAAGCACGAAGAGACUUUGCCUAUAAUUCUAACAGAUAAACAUGCUAUGGUGAAUUCAUUUUUAAUGAAAGAAUAUUAUGAUCGAGACGAAGUAGGUGUAAAGACUUCAUCACUAACAUUUGAAGAAUUUGUGGCAUCUAGAACCAAAUUUCGAGACUACAAGGAGUUUCUGACAGACUUGGAGAAGUAUCCAUCUGUUUUAAAUCGCUUAAAAACUGCGCUUUAUGUAACAGAGAAAACAUUAAAUUAUAAUAGUUAUAAGAAUACUAUUUUAGCUUAUAACGGUUGUAUAACUGAAUUAGAAGAUGUAGGAACGACAGUUGAAAAUGAGAGGAUUGCAAUUGAAGUAGAAAAAAAUACCUCAAAUAUUGGUUCAAGAAAAUCAAUAGAUGUUAAGUGUUCAACAUAUAUGAAAGAAACAAAAAUUAUCAAACAUCAUUUGCGUUUUUCUUUGCCAGAAAUGAAAAAUGAUUAUGAAGUAACAUGCAUCAAUUUUAAUCCUUUGAAUCCUUGCAUAUUUGUAGGUGGUUAUGGUGUGUGUCGACGAAAAGAAAUGGAUAAUCAUCCAAGAGGAAUGAUUUUGUGCUGGAACAUUCAUAAAUGCGGGUAUCCUGAAAUAAUAUAUCCGAUGGAAGAAGUGGUAACUUGCAUAGAAUUUUCUAAUUCUAAACCGUAUUUAGUUGCUGUAGGCAUGAGGUAUGGAUUGAUAGUAGUACUCGAUAUUCGAAAGUCGAAAAGUUAUUUUGUAGCAAAUAACAGUAUUUCGAAAGUAAGACCAUCAGGAACUAUAAAAAGCGUUCGAUGGAUGAGGAAAAAGUAUUCUCUAGGAAAGGAAUCUGAAGUACUUUUGUCUGUGUCUACAGAUGGUGUUGUAAGCUGCUGGAAUUAUGAAAGAGAUUUGGAUGGUUACAUUCUCAGGCACAUAAAACGAGGAGAAAAUGAUGAUGGGAGUAACAAGAAAAUGACGCUUGCUUCUGAUGCAGUUGGCCAGUGUUUGGAUAUAAAACCAGAUAACCAUGAAAAUUAUUUGAUUGGUACUUUUGAAGGGCAAGCAUUGUUGGCUGAUAUUAAUGACUCAGAUAAAUAUAUAAAGGUUUUUAACUGCCAUAAAGGACCUAUUUAUGAUCUUCAGUGGUCCCCAGUUGUAGAAGAUGUCUUUCUAACUUGUGGUACAGAUCGUAGAGUACGUAUCUGGGAAUCCUAUCGGUUGACUCCUUCCAAAACUUUGAAUCUCUCUGAAGUAAUUAUGAAAAUUGCGUGGUCAAAUAUAAAAUCUACACUGUUUUUGGCCGUAUCAAAGUCUAAAGUUUUCAUCUUUGAUUUAUUCAUAAAUCAGCAUCAUCCUAUUGCUCAGUUGCUUUCAGAUGAAAAUAAAACGAUAACUUCCGUAGUAUUUUGCCCUAGAAAUAACUGGUUUCUUUUAGGACAGUCUGAAGGAAGUAUCGAUAUGCAUGAGAUAGUUAAUAUUCCUAUUCAUAAUAUUGAUGAGAUAGCUACUUUAAAAGAUGUUUUCUUACCAGAGUAUGAGGCGUUAAAAUAAUAAUAAUUAUUUAAAUGCAUACAAUGAAAUGUGCUAAAUUAAACACACACACAAACAACACAGAUGGUGUUAUCAUUGGGUCUUGGUUUCUCUUUCACAGGUGCCAAAAUGGCAUGGCAGUUACCUAACGAAGAAAUACCAAAGUAGUUCAUUAAAUUAAAUUAAAAAUAAUAUAAUUUUCUUUGAAUUCUCAGAAUGCAUGAUCUUUGUAAAUAUUACUGAAUUGACUGUUAAGUGCUCAGCUGUUCAAACGACCCCAUCUUGUUUUGCAAAUAGUUGGAUGUCACGAGAAUAGAAACAUGCAUUAAAUCUUUUUGGUAAUUGGAAAUUUCUUUGGUAAGGGCAUCGGAUUUUAAAUAGUACAAAUUAGCGAUAUAAAAGCCCCAUCCCUCUUUCUUUGCUCUAGUCGACUUUAUUUUCCUAUUUUCGAUAAAUAUUUAAAAAAAAAAAAAAAAAAAAAAAUGAGCUUUUAAUUCAGUUACACUAUUCCUAUAUCGUAA